AUGCUGGAGCCUGGCCAGCCUGGGAAGGGGAAAUCCUUUAAGCUCCUAGGAAUUUUAAAUGUCUAAAACAUUCCCUGUGCAUGAGAUUCAAUAUUAUAUGACUCAUUAGGAUCUGCUGUGGCUAGCCUUGGACAUUUUUUGUUUGCUAGUAGAAUUAGAAGAUUAUGUGAUGUUGGGGUAGGAGGAUUUAUUUUGGUGACUUUGAGAUGCUGGUUCCACUGUAGGUAUAUUUAUGCAAAACAAAGAAUCCAGGAAAGAAUUGCCAGAGAAGGAAUUAAAAAUAAGAUAAUAUACGAAAGUACCCACCUUGAUUCUGAAAGAAAACAAACCAACAGCAACAGCAGCAAUUGA